CAGAUGUGAAGAAAGUUUUUACUAGAACACAACUACAACCAUCCAACAGGUAUGUAGCUGUUCAAUCGUAUCUAACUGAUUCUGCUGAAAAAUGGUUUCGACAUAAUAAAUCUAAUAUUCUUGAUUGGUCUACAUUUAAAAUUGAACUUGUUAAAGUUUAUAAACCAUCACUUCAUCAACUUUUAUUAAAAAUGGAACAACGAGUCCAAUUAUCUACUGAAUGUGGACCCGGACAUGAGUUUUCCAAUGAUUAUUCAUUAUUUGCUAAAGGCUUAAAACCCUCAUUAAUAGCUCAUGUUAUUCAUAGAAAUCCUACGACACCUAAUGCAUUUCGUGUUUUUGCUCAAGAUGAAGAAAAAAUCUUACUUACAUUAAAUGGUUUCUCAUAUGCUACACCAACUGAACAUUAUACUUAUCCAAUUGACAAUAUUGAUAUGGAUCAUCAAGUGAAUAUUAUUAAACGUCCAGUUAAUGUGAACAAUCAAUCCUUUAAUUGGCAACAUUAUCAAUCAGCUCCUCAACCACCUAUGAAUGUACCAACUACUGCAUCUUCGUCUUCCUUUUAUCGUCCUUCCUCAUCUACAUCACGUCAAUGCUAUGCAUGUCAUGGUUUUGGACAUAUUGCUCAAUACUGUCCACAUCGAAAAAACAUGUAA